AUGUUGUUUUAUUUUCUGAUAUUACUAUUGGUUCAAGAGAUUGCUUCUGAAAAUGGUCUUGAUGUCAACGCACUCAGUGGGAAGAGUAAGAAAUUCUUUUUUGAUAUGACGAAACAAGUUAUGGGAGUACCUUCAUUGAAACCAGAAAACCUCGCAGCUCAAGCCUUCUUCCGCCAGUUUUUGGACAAGUACACAAAGUUAGAUGAUAAGAUUAAGAAUGAUAUGACACAACACGUUCCAAAGGCUACGAAACUUUUUGAUGCAGCUGCUAAGAAAUUCAACAUCGACCCAUCCAGCGCCUUCAAAAUGCUUUCCACUUUCUUUGAAACUUUCAAGAAGGGAGCAUCAAGUGAGAUGGCAUCGAAAGGACUUCAAAUGGCCGGAAAACUGUUGGGAGGAAAGAGUGGAGGCGGAGGUGGUGGACUUCUCGGAUUCUUGGGAAACCGUAAAUAA